AUGGCCCCUGCCUCGAGAUCUCAACUCGACGAUUCUUGGGUAGUUGAUGACGCCAGUUCUGAUGUGAGUUGGGACGGCACACCACCAAGCCUUCCAGCAUCACAGGAGACCAACGGAUCUUCAAGGCACGCAAAUCAUUCGCAAGAAGAAGAGAAUCAGACUUCCAACUACUCUAACUCACGUUCUUACACCGCAAAAGGGGAACCGGAAUUCAUCAUGCCUGCAAUCGACCAUGAAGUUUCACCUACUCGACGACAAGUCCGAACACGCAACCCUGUCACACCAACUCGAAGGCUCGGCUCAAAACCCAAUCCAGGAUCAAGGCCAUCACAAAGACCCCUGAGAGCUGCGCAGAAAGAUCUCAAUGCAACAUCGCUCAGCGACCAAGCAAUAGAAGUCAUUCUUCAGAUCGGAGGGUGGUUUUUGGAUGUGCUGGGUGGUGCCCUGAGCACACUCAAGAAGCCUAUCUCAUGGGUUGUUGCCGCCUAUCUCUUCGCCGGCCUCAUCAUGACGAUCCAGAAUCUCCUUACAUCUUCCAUCUACACUGCGCUCUCACCAAUAUGUCGCGUUCCAGGUGUUUCGUUGCUUCAUUUGCCAAUCUGCCACUACGCCUCGACUGAUGUUGACACUCCUACGAUUUCAUCAGGCUCUGCGCCCGUCGAGUUCGACGAACUGAUGAAGACGCAAUCUCAUUUUGAGGAGAUCAUGUCCGAGUCGGCAGCGGGUGUAUCUCUCCCAAUGGAUAUGAAACGCUCUGAGACCUCCAUACGCGACCUUCGGCAGAUCGUACGCCACUCUCAACUGGCUUCCCGCAACGAGUUGGUCCUGGAAUUCGACGGCUUCAUCGAGACCGCCAGGAUCGCUAGCUACGAUCUCCAGAAAUUCAAUUCCCAUGUUGGUCGAGGCGUGGACAUCGUACUUAGUACGGCGCGCUGGACCCAACGCGUGCUCGACGACAUGGACGUGAAGCAGUCCUCUCGCGGAAUGAUCCCCAGUUUCUUCCAGGAAAGGCUUCUCGCGCCCUUCAAGCCCGUUCAAUUCACCGAAGACCGCCUUCUCGACCAAUAUGUUAAGCACACCCGCAUUGUGUCCGAGGAGAUCGAUCGACUCAUCGAAGAAGCACAAGCUCUACUUCUCGUCCUUCAGAAUCUGGAAGACCGACUCGAUGUCAUUCAUUCCGUGGCUAUGCACGACAAUAUUGCGGCGCAGGCAUCCAAAGACGAAAUCCUGACUCAUCUGUGGACGCUUGUUGGUGGCAAUCGAGGCAAGCUGGGCAAAUACAACAAUCAACUCACCCUUCUCCGCCAGCUCGGCCAGUACCGUAAGGUCGCAUGGGCACAUGUCUCCGGCACAAUAUUGACGUUGCAGCGCAUGGGUGCCGAACUCGAGGAGUUAAGGACACGUGUGGGAAGUGCAGAGCUGCUGCGCGAGCACAAAGAGAUUCCACUGAGUGUGCACAUCGAGAGUAUUCGACUUGGCGUUGAGAGGUUGGAGGAAGGCAGGACCCGGGCUAGAGAGGUCGAGGGGCGACAUAUCCGGAGAGUCGUGGAUGGCGUGGACGAGCAUAUCAAGGGAUUGAGUUCGAGCUGA